AUGGUUGUACUGGACGGUGUCGACCUCGACGCCCUUGACUACAUCGUCAAGGUCCCCUUCAAUGGCUCCGGCCCCACAGGAGGAGACUCGCUGACUGAGGAUUUGAAUAUUUGGUACGAGCGUGAUCCCAAGACUGGUGAUAUAGGAUGGAUGAUAACGGCCACUGCCCUCGUCCUCCUCAUGAUUCCCGGCGUUGGUUUCUUCUACUCCGGCCUCGCUCGGAGAAAAUCCGCCCUCUCGUUGAUAUGGCUGUCGGUCAUGGCCACAGCCGUCACAACUUUCCAGUGGUUCUUCUGGGGCUACUCCCUCACCUUCUCACAUACCGCUGGCCCUUUCAUCGGAGACCUCGCCAACUUCGGCUUCAAGGACGUACUCGCCCGUCCAUCCGUCGGCUCUGCCCGUCUCCCUGAUCUGCUCUUCGCCGUCUACCAGGGCAUGUUCAGCGCCAUUACCGUCGCUCUCGCCACCGGAGCCGUUGCCGAGCGUGGCCGCAUGUUGCCCUGUGUCAUCUUCAUGUUUAUCUGGGCCACUGUUAUUUACGACCCAAUUGCCUGCUGGACAUGGAACACCAGUGGUUGGAGCAAUAAGAUGGGCGGGUUGGACUUUGCCGGUGGUACCCCGGUGCAUAUCGCAUCCGGGGCCGCAGCACUGGCCUAUUCUAUGAUGUUGGGCAAGAGGAGAGGGCACGGCACACACGAGCUCAACUACCGACCACACAAUGUUACCCACAUUGUCAUCGGAACUGUAUUCCUGUGGGUCGGUUGGUUCGGCUUCAAUGCUGGAUCCGCUCUGUCGGCGAACUUGAGAGCCGUCAUGGCUGCCGUGGUGACGAACCUGGCUGCUUGUAUGGGUGGUAUCACUUGGUGUGUGCUGGAUUACAGACUCGAGAGGAAGUGGUCCACAGUCGGCUUCUGCUCAGGUGUUGUUGCCGGAUUGGUCUCCAUCACUCCCGGCUCAGGUUACGUCCCAGUCUGGGCAGCGGUGCCUUUCGGCGUAUUGGGGGCCGGCUUCGCCAACUACGCUACGAAGCUCAAGUUCUUGCUCCGCAUCGACGAUGCCCUCGACAUUUUCGCAGUCCACGGCAUGGGUGGCUUUGUCGGAAACGUCUGCACGGCCUUCUUCGCCGCGGACUACAUUGCGCGUUUGGACGGCGUCACCGAGAUCAACGGAGGCUGGAUCAACCAGCACUGGAUCCAGAUCGGGUACCAGCUUGCGGACUCCUUCUCCGGAGGGAUGUAUUCAUUCGUCGGGACAUGUCUCAUCUUGUUCAUCAUGAACCUGAUCCCCGGGCUCCACCUGCGUGCAAGUGAAGAGGCCGAGAUCCUGGGCAUCGAUGAUGCGGAGAUUGGCGAGUUUGCAUAUGACUACGUCGAGCUCACGCGAGAAGUCCUGAACGAUGUCGAGGUCGAACAUGAUGCGAACAGCAGGUUCUCAGGUGAUGCUCAGAGUUACGACCCGAGGGAGAAGAACAGGGGCAUUCCACUCAUGGACUCUCGCAUGUUCAGCAGCGCGCAGACAUCUCACCAGUAA